UUUGUGUCAGCUUCCCAUUGGGUGUUAAGGCCAAAAGCUAUAGCUUUUACUCAGUUACAAUUUAUCAAAUGAACAGGAAGGUUUCUUAUUUUAUACGUUCUCACUUUUUUGAUAAAAAGUUACAACAAUAAGUGAUACUACACAAAAAAAAAGAUUCCAAUCGCAAAAAAAAAAAAUAGCCAUGGAAGACGACGGCGACACCCAGUUUGACACCGUGGAUUCUGGUGCCUCGAAGACUUUCCCGAUGCAGUGCUCGGCUCUACGGAAGAAUGGCUUUGUAAUGCUCAAGGGACGCCCCUGCAAGAUCGUAGAGAUGUCUACCUCGAAGACCGGAAAGCACGGUCACGCCAAGGUGCAUCUCGUGGGGGUUGACAUUUUUACCCAGAAAAAGUACGAGGAUAUCUGCCCCUCUACCCACAACAUGGAUGUGCCGCAUGUGAAGCGCGAGGACUACCAACUGACGGAUAUCAGUGACGAUGGAUAUGUCACCCUGAUGGCAGACAACGGUGAGAUACGGGAGGAUCUCAAGAUUCCGGAAGGUGAUCUCGGAGGAUCACUGCGCUCCGAGUUUGACGAAGGCAAAGACCUCCUCUGCACCGUUCUAGCGGCCUGCGGAGAAGAGAGCGUUAUUGCCAUGAAGACCAACAACGGAUAAUGAGUGGAAUUUUUUUUUUGGGAAUUUUUGGGGAAAAUUUAAUUUUUGGAAAAAAAAAAUUUAUUUAAACAUAUGAAACUAUAUACUGCUUUGCAGACACCAUGUGAUCGAAUAAAUGCCCGAGCGAGACAAUUAA